GUCAAUAACGCAGCGACAUUCAACAUAUUAGGUCACUCAAUACCUGUCCCAUGACAUCUUCUAACUUCCUGGUCAACUAGGCUAAACAGUUUUUAGAAUCUUGGAGUCGGUGUCGCAUGUUUUCCACAUCAUUCAUGAGACGUAUAAAACACAAAUUUAUAUGGAAAGCAAUCACUGGGUUUAUUUCACACUACGUUUCAACAAGUUCCUCUUGUCGUUCUCAAAUAUAACGGAGCCAACAGACCUCAAAACAAACUUGACGAAUUUAGUAUGAAUUUUCUAAGUGUUAAUGGUUCUGGACCAGAGUGAUACAGUUACAAAAUAUUCCCAAGAAAAGAUUAUAUAUUCAGUGAACGGGAUAUACAGUGGUUAUAGAAACAGAACUUUCUAGGUAUUAAUUGUUGUGGACUGGAAGGAUACUAUUAAUAAUAAUCCUUAAGAGCAGAAAAGAUGACAUUUUCAGUGAAUAAUAUACAUAUUUAAUUUAUUGCUUUUCCCUGUCUUGCAACGUAACGAUACGGAGCAUCUUUGUCUACAAAUACGCAAGUUGCAUGGCACACAUGACUCGGAAGGAUUGUAAAGGAUUGUUAUAAAAAUGUAUAAUUUUUCAUGCGACGCACAAUAUUAUGCUAAGUGUAGUGGUAGUGGCUAUUAACGCGAGAAUCUGGUUUUAUAAGGUGUGAAAAUAUAUUUUGUCUUUGAAGUUAACAUGCACCCACGUGGUUUCAUUAUAAAACAGUAGUGUUAUAUACAUGUACAAGGUGUUUAAAGAAACACAAAAUGAGAUAUUUUCAUUAUUUUUAUAGAUUAUUUAUCCGUAUAUUUAAGAAUCUCUGGAAAUGGGUUGUUGCCAAUCUUUUUAUAACUCUUAUGUGUUUCUCGAUGUGUGUCAUGUUUUUGGUUAUAUUAUCUUUUACAAGGGAGACAACUUCUAGAAACACUCCUGAUCAUCCACCAGUAACAAACACGUGCAUCGGUGGGGACGUCAUGUUUCGUUGUUGUUAUGUAGUCCUAACUUACAAGACGUCACUUCCUCCGCCAGCAGAUAUAGUGACGUGGGAACGAAAUGACGAGUCGGUAAAACCCAGCAGACGACAGUUCUUAACAACCAAAUACCAAAAAUUAGGAACUGAUACCAGGGUUCAGUCGUUCCUCGUCCAAUCUUAUAAAAUAGACAGUACUUUAGAUAUAUAUGGUGUACAAACUAAAGAUUUGGGGCGUUAUAAAUGCUACGUUGUUGGCAGUAAAUCAUUCAUUCCACUUAUAGCAUCAUCGUGUGAAGCAAUGUCACGUGAUCCACGCCCAACAUGUGAAUGUGACGUCACGGGAGAUUUCUAUCAAUAUACGGCAACGGAAAAGAAGAUUGCGGCCAUUUUUAAAAAGGGGGUUACAGUAAACUCUAUCUCGGAGUUUGAUUUACACUGUGACCAAAUAGACAACAAUAAAUGGUGGAUAUUUUGGUCCGCCCUGAUUCUAGUAUUGAUUGUAUUACUCCCGAUAUAUGUAGUAUUAAAAUAUAACCAAAAGCACGGCCCAAGAUUCGGUAAUGUUAACUCAUACCUAACAACUAGGUAUCGCGUGUUUCUGUCUUAUAAUGACCAUAACUAUGAUUAUAUUAAAGAUGAAAUUAUGCCGUUUUUAAAUGAAUUUAAUAUAAAGUAUUUUGACAAACAAUUUGACAUAAUACCUGGUAGACAUAAACUACAUGAAAUUGGGGAAGCAAUCGGUAGAAGUGAGGCCUUUAUUGUUAUAGCAAGUCAUCAGUUUGUGAAUGAGUUUGAACAAAAUACAUUCGAAAUGAACAUGCUACUUAACAAAGCUACAAAAAACAACCUUGUUAUCUUAAAAAUAGAUGAUUGCGUCAUAGAUGAUGUUUUUAAUUGUUAUAAAGUAAUUGACUGGACAGGUGAUCGUGUGGAAGCCACCUAUCAGUUACAAGAGUGGACUGGUGAUCUUAUGGAAUUACACAUUGAAUCACUUCCAUGGACUGAAACUUAUUUUCAAGGAAACAAUUCACAUUAUACCAAUCAAUGUCCUAGCUUUGAUCCUCCGCUAAUUGGUAUUAUCUUCGUAGUAUUCUUGUUUUGUGACAAGGUAAUGUUUAACUCGGAUAUUGAUGGUAUUCAUAUUUAUUGGGCGGCAGUCCUUGUGUAUUAUGUUUUUAAAGAACUAUUUGCAGCUCCGGGGUUUUUCUUCCCUCCUAAAAAGGGAAAUAAUUCCACCUUAGCCUCCAUCAAAAAAGGACAAUAAUUCCACCUUAGCCUCCAUCAAAAAAGGGAAAUAAUUCCACCUUAGCCUACCUCAAAAAAGGGAAAUAAUUCCAUCGUAGCCUCCAUCAGAAAGGGGAAAUUGGCUUAUGAAACUUGCCCACCUUCAAUGAAAAGUACUUUCCUUUUAAAAGAUAAAAUCUAUGUAUAUUUUUUAUGUUUAUAAAAUAUGAAAAUUAUGGCAAGCCAAAGCGGAAUUAAUUGCAAGACCGUUUUUCUGUAUGGAAAGAGAAAAACCGAGUAUAUAACAAUUUUUUCAUCACCUUCCAAGCAUGAAAAUAAACAAAGUCUGUACAAGUUUUAUUUCCUUAUGAAAUCACAUUCAUAUCAAUGUAAUUAUAGUUUUAAUUGAAUAUAUAUUUUAAUCACGAUAAGUCUGUUCUCCUCCUAUUUAUUCAUAUGACAAUGUAGACAAGACUGAAUACAGUUUUCAGAGCCGCGGUGACUCAGUGGGGUCUAGGGGUUUUGGCCGCGACAAUUCUUCUGAUUUUUCCGGUGCGGUUUCCCCUUGACAGUGUCAAGUCUUUCGGUUGGUACGAAAAUUCGAGGUAUCGUGAACACAUUGACGUUCACGUAAAAAACACGUUGACGGUUGGAAUUCGAAAUAAGAGUAGAUUAUAGCCCAGUUAACAGUGUAAUAUUUCUUUCAUUAGCUCAGUCGCUGCAAAAACGUAGGACGUUAAAUCUUAUUUCAAUUCAUGCCAUCCUGAAUAUAUUGAUUAUAUAGGAAACGGGAAAUAUGUAUAAUGUUUCAGUAGAGGGGGUGGGGCGUGACUUGUAAUAUAAUUAGGAAUUACUACCAUAUGUGAUAACAGUCUGGCCUAAAAAGCAAUUAAUUUGCUUUCAAAUUAUGAAUAAAAUCAGGAUGUUUUGCAGACGUAUCCGUGGUUGUCGAACAACAAAAUGUGUUUGAUGCAGUUUUCAGUUCUUAAUUACAUAAUUGAAAUGUGGCUAAUUAUUUGGAUUGAGAGAUACUGAAAAACAUUUUAGACUUUUAAAUGCUUAUGCUUAUAUUUGUAAUAUUAUACCUGUUGUAAUAUCAUACCUGUUGUAAUAUUAUACCUGUUGUAAUACCAUACCUGUUGUAAUAUUAUACCUGUUCUAAUACCAUACCUGUUGUAAUAUCAUACCUGUUGUGAUAUCAUACCUGUUGUAAUAUCAUACCUGUUGUAAUAUUAUACCUGUUGUAAUAUCAUACCUGUUGUAAUAUUAUACCUGUUCUAAUACCAUACCUGUUCUAAUAUUAUACCUGUUCUAAUAUCAUACCUGUUGUGAUAUUAUACCUGUUGUAAUAUCAUACCUGUUGUAAUAUCAUACCUGUUGUAAUAUUAUACCUGUUGUAAUAUCAUACCUUUUAUAAACGUUGUAUUCUGAUUAAUACAAAUAAAUCUUUUAGAAGAA